AUGACGGAGCGACAAGAAACCAAUGAGCGGCCCUAUAAACGAUCGAGAUCAGUCGCUUCCUCGACUGAAGAAAUUUGCCUUUUGAACCAAACAGGUAUCCGCAACAUGCUCAGUGGACGAGAAGAUGAAGCUGAACGCUACUUUUCGCAAGCACUAGGCCAGGUGGAUGGAAGAAAACCCUGUGCGUCUCUCGAUUCCGCGACCAGAGCCUCCUCAAAACAAAUGAAACCUCCCUCUUCCGACAUUGAAAUUCAGCCUUCAUCUACAUCAGAAAUAGACGGUACUGCAAGUAGUAACGACACCUCAAAGACGACCAUGCUGUACAUAUAUCAACGCCAAGAAUACGACGAGGGCAUGUACGUUUAUUCCGAGGCGUUACCACUCGAUGAGUCGCUUACCGAGUCUGUUCGCUCCGGAACGCUCCUUUACAAUGUUGGGCAAACGCACGUUCGUAGAGGAAAAUAUUUCGAAGCGCGUCGUUGGUUUGAGCUUGCGCUGGUAAGAGUCACUUUGGUAUCUCAUGACCUUAAAGCUGUUCCAAUAUCGGUCAAGAUUCAGCAUAACUUAGGGCACUGCCACUAUCGUCUGGGUCGCAACGAGGAGGCUAUGACUUGUUACAAAAAGGCCUUGGCUAUUAUCAACUCAGCUGGACUUGGUGAUUUAAGCGCCGCGGCCACGAACAACUGCAUGGCAGUCCUUUUAUUCCACGACGAAUACGCGGAAACGAAAGAUGCGCUCAAUAUGUUCAAGGAGAGUCUAAAAAUUUUUCGUUCCCAGCUUUGUAGCCAAUCCAGUGAAGUCGCCACGGUCUUGAACAAUAUUGGUCGCGUGCAUUAUUUGGAGGGCAACUAUGACUGCGCGCUUGCUGUAUACAAAGAGGCUCUGUUAAUCCGACGCAAAGUACUUGGAGAGAAGUCAAUUGAUCUAGCAGCGACAAUGUGUAACACCGGACAGACUUUGCAUCAACGAGGUGAUCUAGACGAAGCAAUGGUCUACUACAGUGAAUUUCUUAAGUUAGCCGGAUUUCAUUUGGGAUCGAACCACCGCGACGUCGCUAUUAUCCUAAAGUGCAUGGCGGAGAUCCAUCACGGUCGUGGACAACUUGAUAAGGCACGUUCCAUGUAUGAAGAAGCCCUCCGGACCGGACGCAUCGCUCUCGGUAAUCACCAUCCCGAAUUGGCCUCGACGAUCAACAAACUGGGCAACUUGUACUAUGAAAUGCAAGAUCUCGACACAGCAUUGCAAUACUACAAUGAAGGACUCAAGAUCGAACAAAUUUUACUGGAUCCACAUCAUCCCCACAUUAUGGUCACGUUAAUGAAUAUUGCUCAGAUUCAUCGUCACCGUGGGCAUUUCGCAGCUGCUUUGGUGAAGUACACUGAAGUGCACGAGCUGCAGAUGAAAGCGUACGGCCCUAAUAAUCUCGCCGUAGCCAGUACUUUAUCCAGUAUGGGCUUGAUGCAAUAUCAAUUGAAAUCAUACAGCUCGGCGUUUGAUUUAUAUCAGGAAGCGCUUCGAAUCCAACGAGACCACUACGAAUCAGACGAAAAUGCUGAUGUGGCAUCAACGCUCAACUCCAUAGGGCUCGUUCUUUUCAAUCAAGGCGUAUACGGAUUGGCCAAAAACUGCUUUACAGACAGCCUCAGAAUUCGCCGGAAUAUUCUUGGACCCGAUCAUCGUGACGUUGCAAUCUUGUGGUACAAUAUUGCGACUAUCUACCUCGAAACUGGCGAAGACGAUUUUGCGAUAAGACUAUACAAAGAAACCCUUCGCGUGGAGCGUCAUUCACUGGGUGAAAAACACCACGACGUUAUUCUGACUUUGCAGCAUUUGGGUUUAGUUUACCAACAACGCGGUGAAUUGGACGAAGCGCUGCAUUAUUUUAGCGAGGCUCUGGAAAUUGAGCGAACUAAAGAGGGCAAGAGCUAUGUUGCCGUUGGCAAGCUUCUGAACUUAAUUGGAAACAUCCAUCUGCAACGGGCAAAUGUUGGGAAUAUGAUGGAAUGCUAUGUUGAGGCUUCGAGACUCUACCGAGAGUGGACUCAGCAGAACGACACUCUCGUAAUAGCUGGAUACAACUUUUACGGCCUCAGCAAACUCCACCCUCCUUCUGCGUCUAUGGCCUAG